UUUAUAAAUAGAGCUGCAAAACAGGUCAAGUUCAAGGCAAGCUUUGGCUUCCAAUCCCUUUUCUUGCGUCCUCAAUUUCAUAAUCUCCCUCGAAUCAUCAGAUCACAAUCUCCACUUGGAAUUGUUUGAUCUGAUGCUUUUUAACAACAUCUAAAGCUCUCAAAAGAAGAUUAAACAAACACUUCCCAAUACCAUUCCAUCAAAGAAAAGGGAUUUCUUUUUUUAUUCUGUUUCUUGGAAUAACUAGCUCUAGAGCCUAAUUACUAUCAACCAAGAACCACAAAAGAUGGAGAAGAUAGUAAAACUUGCAUCCGAAAACGGGAUCUUGAUCUUCAGCAAGAGCACCUGCUGCCUGUGCUACGCGGUGCAGAUACUAUUCCAAGAACUGAGGGUGCAUCCUCGCGUCCACGAAAUCGAUCACGAUCCAGAAGGGAAGGAAAUCGAGAAGGCCCUGAUGAGGAUGGGAUGCAGUGGACCUGUUCCAGCCGUUUUCAUCGGAGGGAAGCUGGUUGGAUCAACCAAUGAGGUGAUGUCCCUCCACCUGAGUGGCUCUCUCAUUCCACUGCUCAAGCCAUAUCAGGCUAGUUUGUCCUAAGGAACCUGAAAAUGCUGCUUUGAUUCGGUUCAAGUACCAGGGUUUGUUAUUACCAGAAGAAUAAGAUUUGCUCCCAUUGUCCAGGGCUCUUAGAGUUGGAGAAAGUAGUGGUUUGUUCAUGUAGCAAGUGUGUGAGUUGGUGUAAUUUUAUAGGUUGUUGUUAUCAGUUCAGUAGCUAGCUUUAAUUUUUAGCAUGAUCAGGUAUUGUUCUUAGUGGAAGAAUGUGUUCUCUCUGCUUUUCCUUACUAUGGUUUUUUAACUAAGCUUUCCUACUUCCCACAAGAUUCUCCACUCAUCUGCUCCCUCUUUGAGUACCUCGGCAA